AUGGAAGAAAAAACAGAUGAUGAUUAUUCCGACAAUCAAAUAAAAAGUAAAGAUAAAUUCGCUCUUGCUGCACAAUUAUACGAAGAAGGCAAAUACAAUCGUAGUUUGAUCUUUUUUAAAACAAUUAUUGAUGAAAUUAAAGAAGAGCAUCAAAAAUUUGCGGCCGAACAAAAUUUCAUAUUGUAUACUUUCAAUUAUAAAGUUAUGCCAGUUAAUAGCUGA